AUGAUCCCCUCCAGGUGCGUCUUUGCCUUGCCUCCCUUUUGGUCUUGUUGCUCACCCGAGCCGCUGACCAUGCGCCGUCAUCAACAGUGGUCGCCCAUCCGCAAAACCCUCAUCCUUGUCGUCUGCUCUCUCUACUCAUUUCUGAGCAACUCGGCCCUGCUGGGUCCGUCGGUGUACAUUGGCAUUUUCGCCGCCGAGUUCAACACAUCCUUCACCGACGCCAGCAAUCUCAUCAGCUAUGCCAACCUGGCGUUCGGGUUUGGCAGCUUGCUCCUCGUGCCGAGCUACCACAAGUUCGGCAGGAGGCCGGUGAUGCUGGGCAGUCUGAUUCUCUACUGCGGAGGCCUGCUUGCUUGUUCUCAAGUCCAGACCUACUCGGGCUUAAUGGCUGCCAGAGUGGUGCACUGCUUUGGCGCGAGUGUCUGCGAGGCGUUGCCGGUGCAGCUGGUGAAUGACAUCUUCUUCCUGCACGAGAGAGGGAAGAGGUUGGGUUAUUACACCGCCACUGGGCCCCUUUUUGCCGGAUACAUGCUCAACGGCGGACACUCGUGGAGGUUAUUCUUCUGGGUCGAGUUUGCAUUCGGCGCGGCCCUCUUUAUCCUGGCCUUUUUCGUGGUAGAGGAGACUCUGUACCACAGAAAGCCUCCGGUCGGCUCCUCGUCCCCGGAAAGGCAGAGCUUGGAGGGCGGGGAAGAAAAGCCCACUGCGGUAGAAAGCACCACGCCAGAGACCGGAGCAGCCAUUCCACCCAGAAAGACGUUUGUCCAAAGCCUCAAGUUCUGGGGUGUCUACGAGAAAGACGCCGACUUCUUGCUGAUGAUCGCUCGGUCCUUCACCUACUUUCUAGUCCCGCACGUUCUCUUUCUUUGCUCGGCGGCAGGCAUCUACAUUGGCCUGGGCGCCCUCACCUUCAACUACAUCUUCCCCCUCAAGAUCACGGCACCGCCCUACAACUGGUCCCAGCUCGACUCGGGCCUCAUCGCCGUGGCGUCGUUCCUGGGCUACCUCCUGGCCAUCCCGUUCACGCCGUCGUCGGACCGGCUCGCGGCCCGCCUCACGCGCAAAAACAAGGGCAUCCGCGAGGCCGAGAUGCGUCUGGGCGUCAUGCUCCCCGUCAUGCUCCUGGCCCCUGCCGGGCUCAUCGUCUUUGGCUUCGCGGCCGAGAGGGACCUCCACUGGGUGGCCUACUUUGCCGGCGUCGUCAUGUGCAACUUUUGCAGCUACUUCUACUUCACCUUCACGCUGGCCUACGCCAUUGACAGCUACACGAGCAACAUUAGCGAGAUGCUCAUCGCCAUGAACUUGGGCAAGCAGGCCAUCAGCUUCGGCAUGGGGCUGGACCUGCUGGACUGGGUGACGCAGCACGGGUACGCCGUCAUGAUUGCCGGGGUGUUUGGGGCCAUUCUGUUGGCGAACAACCUGGCGCUGCUGGUGUUUAUGCUGUACGGCAAAAGGAUCCGGGCGUUCAUGAGCACGACCUGGCUGGCGAGGGUGCACAGGGAGAGUGUGAGGGAGGUUGCGACCCAUUGA